AUGGCAGGCGAUUGGUCGAGGAGAGGAGGUAGGCGGAGACAGGUGAGCAGGAGGCGGGCUUUCAUUGGCUGCGCUGAAGUUGGAAAGAAGGAAGCGGUCGCUAAGGUAAGUCAGUCUGGUUGCUGGGGAGGGGGAGAAGAGACCCCCCUAAGGGAGAGGCCCUUCCUCUUCUCAUGGAGGGCUGAUAUGGGGCAGAGGCUUGGAAAAAGGAGGUCGAUGGGGCAGAAGAAAGAGGAACCCAGCGCACCUGCGGCUCCCAGCCCUGUACACCUGAGAUUUUAUUAUUUUUAUUAUUUUAUAGAUCAGUUAAAUGUCAAAUUACUUCUAUUGCCGGGGUUGUAUCCCAAGUAACUUACACUUAAGAGUAGACCCAUUCAGUUGCGUCCAGUGCUUGUCCUACUCAAGAGCAGGCCCACUGCAGUUAAUGAAUGCAAGGACAUCCACCCAUUGAAAUGAAUGAAUCUUACCUUAGCCAAGUCCAUUUAUGGGUUUACUCUGCAUAAGUCCAUUUAUGGGUCUACUCUGGGUAGGGCUAGCAUUGGAUACAUAUGUGUGUGUGUGUGUGUGUGUAUAUAUAUCAUUUGAUAUUUUUUUUUUAAGUUUUUACAACAAAACUAUUUUAUAUAUCUUCUAGUUGCUGAUGUUUCCGUUGUGAAAUCACUUCAAGGAAGUGAUCUGUAAAUUAAAUAUAUGGUUUUUAAAAAAUGGACUUCGAGGCUGCCUUUCAAAACAGGAACAUCCUGUCAAGGCAGCGUACGAAGUAUUUAAACAUAUUAAGGUGCGUGUCGAGGGACGAUUCAUUCUCCUAAAAUUGUGGGACAGAGUUGUUAAAACUGUUAUCGGUCCAAACCAGGAAUCCCAUCCUAAAAAUUAAAACCUAAGCACAACUGUAAAAACAGACGGGCAAUUUAAAAAAAUUAAAAAAUAGUAGUAGUAUUGGGUUGUAUCCAAUUAUACUCAAGUAUAUGCACUGAAACUGAUGUACCUAAGUUAUGUCAACUUCAAAGGAUCUACUCAACUGGUACCUAGAGCAGUUGGGGAAUAGGAGGGAAAGUUUUUAUUUUUUUUAAAAAAAGUAUCAAAGCCCAGACAGAGAAGGAGGUUGCAUAGUUUUGUUUUUUAGUUUUGUUUGCUUACCAAGCAAUACUGCUUGCAUCUGUUCAGAAGUAAGUCCCAUUAAGGUCAAUGGGAGUAACACCCAGAUUAGGAUUUUUCAGUGAGUUGUAUCCAACCUUAGUCCUGUUUAGAAUAGAGCCACUGAAAUGAAUAGUGAAAGUUGGGUCCAUUAUUGUCUUAUUUUUCUUAUUGAUUAUUUUAUUGUUUUACCUUUUUUGUAAAUCAUUUUGAGGCUUUUUGAUUUUGUUUUUUUAGACAAUCAAACAGUGUUAAAACCUCAUAAAAUAAAUUAAUAAGUAAUUUCAGGGAGACUACCGUGAGUCAACCCAAUAUUUCUACACGGACUUUCAGGGCAAGCCUACCCAAGACAGUUCACGCUCAUAAUUAAAACAACAGCUACUUCAGUAUACCUACAACCACAGCUUUCCAUUUACAGGCAGUCUGAUACGUGCUACUGGCUAGCUAAUGCCAGGGGGGAAAAAAUAAAACGGAGACCGCAACAGGUUAAACAUGUCAGGCACCUUGUAAAACCAGGUCAAAACAACACUUACCAAGGCAUGUUUAAAAGCCUGUAAUGAAAGGAGUCAAACGUGUAUCGCUUGAGGGGCCCACAAACCGGGGCCCUCCCAGUGAAACACGUUCCGUCCCUCCAUCCCACAAACCCGAUUGAUCUUGCUUAUUAUUUGCAUACUACUUGAUACUACUGGCCUGAUCCAGCAGGACUCUUCUUGCGUAACGAUCUGGCCAGGGAUAAGGCAGCUCCCGAUGUUCCUGGCCUCAUUUAUGGUUUAUCCACCAAGCAGCUGCUGACUCUUGCUGUCUGUUUCAGAGCUUCGCCAUGGCCUACGGGGAUGAUGGACACAACCUGAGGGAAGUGCUGGCCACUUUCAAGUCCUGUCUUGACGAGAAGUCGGAAAUCCUAAUGGACCCUUACUUAGCAGGCUGGAAAGGGCUUGUCAGGUAAGGCUGUCCACCUAGUUAGGGAACCGAGCUUAGAUCUGGCUCCACAUCGGGAGUUGGGAACCUGUGGCUGCUCAGAUGCCUAAAGCGCCUCUGCCAGUCAGUGUAGACCACACUGACCUACAUGGGCCAACACGAUGACUUACAUGGCACUUCCCUAUUUUCCUUUGUUACUGACCAAGGCAAAAAAUGGGGUCGCUGGCCCCGCUCCUGCCACCUCUCUGCAAGUGUCCUCGUGGCAUGGCAUUCAAUGUUCCCUCUUCCACCCACAAGGAACAGGAAAAGCGAGUGGGAGACCAUCAGCAGAUAGUCCUUGUCCCAGAAGAGUUGCAGGGAAGGCUGGUUGCUUGUCACAAGCGAAACUGUUGAAGCCUGCCCUCUGACUGUAAACUGUUUCUUGUUGAGACCGGCCCGCAUGGAUCUAGGUGGAAACUUCUGUCAUUCAUUCUGUUGGGUUGCGCCUCUAAACCAAGGGUGGGGACCUUUUUUCAACUCCACGGCCGCAUCUCUGCAGUGGGCAGGGCCAGAGGCAACAUCGAGUGGAGCUUCUAAUGCAUAUUUUGCCUUUCGGCAGCAGGCUAGUCUAUACACACCCUCUCUAUCCUCCUUCCACGCGUGCAAGAGCGUUAGCAGUGCUCAAGGGACACAUUCCAGCUGGUUUAUGAAGAGUAGGGCCAGUGAGGGGGUGUGGGCUGGGGAGAGGGCCAGACAGAGAGGCCAGGAGGGCUGCCUUCAAGGUUUUCCACCUUGAAGGCUCCUUGUAACCACAGGGUUCUGUUUUGCAAAGCAGGUUUCUGAACACCAUGGGCACGAUCUUCACCUUCGUUUCCAAAGAUGCGGUGGCCAAAAUCCAAAUCAUGGAGGAAUUCCGAAGCGGCCCCCAUAAGGAGAGCUACAGAACCCUUCAAUCCAUGGUGAGCUACGAGAUGGCCAACAACCUGGUAGACAUGAAGAAGAACACCGAACGCCCCGUAUCGGGCUGCCGGACAAUCCUGCGCCUCCACCGGGCCCUUCUAUGGCUGCAGCUCUUCCUGGAGGGCCUGCGGACCGGUGGCACAGACUGCAGGACGUCGGUGGUCUGCACAGAUUCAUACAAUGCCUCUCUGGCCAAUUACCACCCUUGGAUUAUCCGCAAGGCGACCACCAUUGCCUUCUGCACUCUGCCCAACCGGGAAGCUUUCUUUGAGAACAUGAAGGUGGGCAGCAACGAGGAGGCAGUGGAGAUGCUGGGAGAAGCUUUGCCCCACAUCAAGAAGCUGUACGAUAUCACACAGGAACUUUACAGCCGGCACAAACUCCUGGACCUCCCGUAG